AUGGCAAAUCCUGAAGCUGUUAUAAGUAGCUGCAGCUCUCAUGAAGAAGAAAAUCGCUGCACUUUUAACCAGCAUACAUCUCCCUCUGAGGAGCUUCUAUUAGAAGACCAGAUGAGGCGAAAACUCAAAUUUUUUUUCAUGAAUCCUUGUGAGAAGUUCUGGGCUCGAGGUAGAAAACCGUGGAAACUUGCCAUACAAAUUCUAAAAAUGGCAAUGGUGACCAUCCAGCUGAUCUUUUUUGGGCUAAGUAACCAGAUGGUGGUAGCUUUCAAGGAAGAGAACACUAUAGCAUUCAAACACCUCUUCCUAAAAGGAUAUAUAGACCGAAUGGAUGACACAUAUGCAGUGUAUACACAAAGUGAUGUAUACAAUCAGAUCAUCUUCGCAGUGAACCAGUACUUGCAGCUACGCAACAUCUCAGUUGGGAAUCACGCUUAUGAGAACAAGGGCACGGAGCAGUCAGCCAUGGCAAUCUGUCAGCACUUCUACAAGCAAGGAAACAUCUGUCCUGGAAAUGAUACCUUUGACAUUGAUCCAGAAAUUGAAACUGAAUGUGUCUUUGUGGUGCCAGAUGAACCUUUUCACAUUGGAACACUAGAAGAAAAACUCAACUUAAUGCUGGACUUUCACAGACUCAUAACAGUGGAGCUGCAGUUUAAAUUGAAGGCCAUUAAUCUGCAGACUAUUCGUCAUCAUGAGCUCCCGGAUUGUUACGACUUUACUCUGACUAUAACAUUUGACAACAAAGCCCACAGUGGAAGAAUUAAGAUAAGUUUAGAUAAUGACAUUUCCAUCAGAGAAUGUAAAGACUGGCAUGUAUCUGGAUCAAUUCAGAAGAACACCCAUUACAUGAUGAUCUUUGAUGCCUUCGUUAUUCUGACAUGCCUGGCUUCGUUAAUCCUGUGUGCUCGAUCUGUGGUGAAAGGACUUCAGCUUCAGCAGGAAUUUGUCAAUUUUUUCCUUCUCCAUUAUAAGAAGGAAGUUUCUGUUUCUGAUCGAAUGGAAUUUGUCAAUGGAUGGUAUAUUAUGAUUAUUAUUAGUGACAUAUUAACCAUUACUGGAUCAAUUCUGAAAAUGGAAAUCCAAGCUAAGAGUCUGACAAGUUAUGAUGUCUGUAGCAUACUUCUUGGUACCUCUACCAUGCUUGUGUGGCUAGGAGUCAUCCGAUACCUUGGUUUCUUUCAGAAAUACAAUCUCCUUAUUCUCACCCUUCAGGCAGCGCUGCCCAAUGUCAUCAGGUUCUGCUGCUGUGCAGCUAUGAUUUAUUUAGGCUAUUGCUUCUGUGGAUGGAUUGUGCUGGGGCCUUACCAUGAUAAGUUCCGUUCUCUGAACAUGGUCUCUGAGUGCCUUUUCUCGCUGAUAAAUGGAGAUGAUAUGUUUGCCACAUUUGCAAAAAUGCAGCAAAAGAGUUACUUGGUCUGGCUCUUUAGCAGGAUUUACCUCUACUCAUUCAUCAGCCUCUUUAUAUACAUGAUUUUAAGUCUUUUUAUUGCACUGAUCACUGAUACGUAUGAAACAAUUAAGCAUUACCAACAAGAUGGCUUCCCUGAGACUGAACUUCGUGUAUUUAUAUCAGAGUGCAAAGAUCUGCCCAAUUCUGGAAAGUACAGAUUAGAAGAAGACCGUGCAGUAUCUAUAUUCUGCUGUUGUAAAAAGUAG